UGCCCCUUCUCCCCCACACGCCCGAUGGCAGGUACCGACCGGCGGCCAUCCUGCAAGUCCGCGCCGCGUUUGACGCCCGCCUCGCAGAGCUGCGGGGCGAGGCGCCGCCCCGCGACCCGCCCGACGACCUGCCGGUGCUGCUGCUGGGCGCCGGGCAGUGCCCCAGCGAGGCGGAGCUGCGGGCGUGGCGCGUGCACCAGCUGGAGCGCGGCCAGCAGGCCCUGGCCCCAGAGUACCUGCCCCUCGCCGCGGCCGCCGUCCGGGACGCCUUCGAGCGCAGGCUGCCCGAGGUGCGCGCGCGCGAGGGCGCCCACCGCAGAGAGAACCUCGGCGACCGUCUCUUCGAGCAGGUGCGCCAGGAGUCCGGCGCCCCGCUCGGCACCGAGCCCGGCGAGGCCGCCCCGGAGCAGGAGGCCGCGGCGGGCGGCGAG